AUGCAGCUCCUCAUGCGGGUGCCCUCGGUGCCUGAACACGGCGAGCUCGAUUGCAGCAUCUGCUACAGGCCCUACGACCUGGAAGGCCGCGCGCCCCGUCGCUUGCCCGGCACUGCGAGGGCACGCUGCGGCCAUACGCUCUGUACUGCCUGCCUGCGCGAAAUGGCGGCCGGAAGUGGGCCUGCGGCGCGCGUUGUGCGCAUGCGCCGUGUGGUCACGUGCCCCUUCUGCCGCGCCGUCACGCCGCUCCCACGCGGAGGCAGCGUUGAGGACGUCGACGUCGACCCGGAAGUGUAUGCCAGGGUGCAGCGGGAACUGCAGGAUGCAGAAGGGAGAUCCCUGGAAGGAGCAGGAGAAGGAGUGCAUGGCCCUGAGGAGCCCACAGAGCCCACAGAGCCCAGGAGCUCGGGCUGGCGCGCCCUGAGGAGACUCUGGGGCAGCUUCCAGGCCUCCUCAAGACGCUGGAGACGCCCUCUGCCCUGCCAUGUGCUCUACUGCCCCGAGAUGAAGGACUUGGCCCAACACAUGACGCGCUGCACGCUGUGA